CCUUUUUAUCCGACAGCGCGCCGCGCCGCCCCGGAGGACCCCGCCCUGCGUCGUGCCGCUGACGUCAGAGCCCGGGCCCCGCAGCCGGAGGCCGAGAUGCCGUCGAAGAAGAAAAAAUACAACGCGCGCUUCCCGCCGGCCAGAAUAAAGAAGAUCAUGCAGACAGAUGAAGAGAUCGGAAAAGUCGCCGCCGCUGUCCCGGUGAUAAUCUCCCGGGCGUUGGAACUGUUCCUGGACUCGCUGCUGACCAAGGCUUGUCACGUGACCCAGUCGCGGAACGCCAAGACGAUGACCACAUCGCACCUGAAGCAGUGCAUCGAGCUGGAGCAGCAGUUCGACUUCCUCAAGGACCUGGUGGCUGCCGUGCCGGACAUGCAGGGAGAGAAUGAAGACAUCCACAUGGAAGGGGACAAGGCACCUCGCCGGGGAAGGAAACCAGGGUCGGGCCGCAGGAACACCAACGGAGGGGCUGGAGCGAAAGGCAAGGACAAGAAGCAAUCCAGCACGGAAUCAGAACAGGAGGACGAAUCUGAGGACAGCGAGACGGACGAGGAGGAGGCCUCCCGCUCCAGCGUAGACAAAGCCGGGGACCAGAUCCGGAGCCCCGAAACUGUCUUCGGCAGCCCCCCGUCAAUGCUGCCCAUCCCCACGUUUGCACAAGCAACGAACACCCUGUCGAUGCCUGCUCCUGUCCUGACCGCCUGCAGUCAAGAUGGCGAGGAUGAGGAUUAUGACUCUUAGCUCUGGGUUGUGUUGUCUUUUACUGAGUGGGUAACCAGGAUUUUAUUCCCAGCGUGAGCGUGUGUGUAACGUGUGCGUAUGUCCAACCCCCGCCCCGUCCCUUCAAGAGAUUAUUUUCAUAUCAUUUCCUGGGUUUUUUUUUCUUUUGGAUUCUCUCUCUCUCUUCCCCCCUUCCCCACAACACUCAAGUUUUAUUUACUGCACCUAAGAUGCGGUUCUUAAAUCAUUUUAUCCCCUCGCUGUGUCUCCCGUGUGCACAGAAGUUGCCCGUUCCCUUCCGAGUAAACGGCCCCUCCUUCCCAAAGAGAGGCCGAGACAGGCGGGGGAUUGGGGAGCCGGGUCUCGUACAAAGGCAUUCGCUCCCACGUUAAGUUGGCCAUUAUUUUUUUUAAUUUUUAACUUUAGUAAUGUGCAAAAAUAAAGUUUGGAAGAAAGUAA